AUGUCUACACUAGAGAUCAAAGUGACUGCCCGCCUCUCCGUCGACAUCAGCGACCAGCGACCUCCUAUCAUGCUCCAAAAUUCUAAUGCUAAAACCGGUCCUGUUCCAAUUCCCCAUGCACACAAGGUGCACCCCACCAACCCUGGGGGCGAGAACGCGACCCUCACCUUCAUUGGUACCGCGACAACCCUAGUUGAAUGGCGCGGCUUGCGUAUCAUGACCGAUCCGAACUUCUUGCAUGCUGGUGAUCACGUCCACCUGGGGCCCGGCGUGACUGCGAAGCGCCUCACCAACCCCUCCAUGCCCAUCAACCAGCUCCCGCCCAUCCACCUCAUCCUCCUCUCCCACUAUCACGAGGACCACUUCGACAAGCUCGUCGAGGACAAGCUCCGCCGCGACCUCCCCAUCAUCUCCACCCCGCACGCCGCGCACCACCUGACAACCGCCCAGUACAAGGACGAACCAUUUACGGCGGUCACCGCGCUCGACUUCUGGGAGGCCGCAGACGUCUCUGCUGGGGAUGCGAAGCUCAGGGUGAUCGGCAUGCCGGGGAAGCACGUCCCCACCGGUCUUACCGAGACGGUCAACGAACUCGUCGGGGCCGUCCCGCCCAUCAACGGCUGGAUGCUCGAGCUGUACGGUGAUAGCGGGAAGCCAUACAGGAUCUACAUCAGCGGGGACACGCUUAUGGUCGACGAGCUGAAGACGAUCCCGGAGAAAUUCCCUCAUGUAGACCUAAUGCUAGUACAUUUAGGUGGCACGACCAUCCCUGCUCCGAAAAUUCCCCUCCUUAUGGUGACAAUGGACGCGGAACAAGGCAUUCAGCUCGUGCACCUCAUCAACCCCGAUGUCACCAUUCCCAUCCAUUACGACGAUUAUGAUGUCUUCAAGAGCCCGCUGACAGAUUUUCAAGAACUUGUUACGAAGGUUGGACUGGACCAGAGGGUGAUAUAUCUUAACCGAGGGGACCAGUACUCGUUCAAAGUGUAG